AUGUCACGUUUGGCUGAGCGUUGCGAGGUCAUUUUUGGUACACAAUACAUCGGAUGUCGUUACAUGUAUUUGAUGUUCAGAAGGCUAUGGGUUCUUACUGAUGGGAUCGGCCUAGAAGAGCAAAGCGGACCGCCGCAACCUACAUUGACGCUUGAUACAUUCAGCCGCGUAGAAGCCUAUCAUGGCGACAUAUCAAAACCCCCUAAGCUUCCAAAGUCUCCUCUCAAGCUUUGUAGCAUGUUCAGCCCGGAAUAUGAAGCCUCGCCGCUCAUGACGUGCCCGACCAAAAGACUCGUUGUGCAUCUCAGGAAUCUCUUUCUCGCCCCGCGAUGGCUUGGCAGGCUCGUCAAGAUAGCUUGGAGCAAGCUUUUAUACCACUAA